CUAGAAUGGCACUGCAAUUUGCGUCAUGAAUAAAUUGAGGUAAUUAAUAUACAGCGAAGGAAUAUUUCUCUCAUAGAGCUUCAAUCACUAGAGAUUCUACCACGAUUUGUUGACACGUUUUUGAGAUAUUAUAUUUGUCCCCAUCAGACAGACAGCCUAAUUGACAAUUUGGAGAGUCUGUCUUAGCAGAUAGAAGGAUUUUAGCAUUUGGUGUAGAAAAUGCAUGCUUCAUGCACCAUAUUCUGCUUGAUUGGUUUGGUUGCCAUAUAUGGUAAACCAAUCGAGGACGAGACUCAAGAAAAUGUGGACCUAAGAAUGCCCAACGUACGACCCCAAACUCCUGAUACCUACCUAUGCCAUCCCAUGAAGACAGAUGACACUAAAUACAUCACUGGAUUCGUCCCACAUGGAGAGUCUAUGAUUGCCCACCACAUUCUGCUAUAUGGCUGUGAGGAGCCAGGCGCUGCAGAUGAAUCCGUAUGGAACUGUGGAGAGAUGGAGGCCAAAGAAAAGAGCAAUGAUUAUCCCAGUGCCCCUGUUUGCAAAUCAGGCACCAAGAUUCUAUAUGCUUGGGCCAUGGAUGCUCCCAAGCUAAAUCUACCUAAAGAUGUUGGAUUCAAGGUUGGUGGAGACAGCGCAAUCAAAUACUUAGUCGUUCAAGUUCAUUACAAGAAUGUAGAGCCAUUUGUUGCCCCUAACAACCAGACUGACCAAUCAGGCCUCACUCUUCAGACCACUACGCAACAGCAACCCAAAGAAGCUGGAGUCUACCUUUUGGGUACAGGGGGAAACAUACCUGCCCACUCUACUGUGUUUAUGGAGACUGCCUGCUUGUACCAUGAGGAUAUGGCACUACACCCAUUUGCCUUUAGGACCCAUGCUCACACUUUAGGUCAAGUUGUGUCGGGAUACAGAGUUCGUGAUGGAGAAUGGACAGAGAUUGGUCGUCAGAGUCCUCAAAAGCCACAGAUGUUCUACAAUGUUACAAGGCCUGGAAUCAGGAUCUUACCAGGGGAUAUCUUAGCUGCUAGGUGUACCAUGAAGAAUGAUCUGGACCAUGAUGUCCAAAUUGGGUCAACUCAAAAGGAUGAAAUGUGCAACUUUUACAUGAUGUAUUACGUUGAUGGAAAAACUUUGCCACAAGAGGACUCCUGCUGGAGCAUGGGACCACCAUCUUGGAGUUUUGAGGAUUUUGACCAAGGAUUCAUGAACUUGGAAAAUCUUCCCAAAAACAUCAGCACUGACCCUAAUAAUAAUGAGGUGUUCCAUGCCACACGUAAGAUGGUACAACAGACCCAGAAUGACGUUGAUAGACUGCGUGAGGACAUGGAAGACCGUUUCCUACAGCUCCUUGAAGAGAUAGGUACAGUUGGGCAAGGUGGCUAUGAUGCUCCAGAGUUCCGCGAAUAUGAGGGGCCAGGUUACCAAGGAUACGUUGAGGAAGGUCCAGGCUUUAAGAAAGUCCAUGAAGAGUGGGAGGAGGAAUAUUAAAUGGAAGAGCGAUAACAACCAAAAUGCAACUUUCUCCCUCCUUCUAAUUUGUUCAAUUUGAUGAAAUUGGAAAUAAGAAGUUUACCUGAAGAAAUCAGGUUCAUUAUGGUAAUAGACAUAAGUACUAUCUUUUCCCCAGUGGAGGAAAGUUGCAAAAUGUUGACGGAAGUAUGCAGUGCACAUGGCAUGACUAUGUGAAGAAUAUGCCAUGAUAUAUCAUAAUGCAGCGUUAUAUAACAGUACUAUACAGGACCAGACUGGAAUUGAGAUCAAAUAAUGGAUAUUCUUUUAUUCAUUUAUUUAUCUAUUUAUUUACAAAUGCAUGUGGAUAAAACAUGUAUGUCAUACCUCGACAGAGUCUAUUUUCCAAGAAGCUUUAUGUACAAAUAUAGAACCUGGAGAAAUAUAUAAGUAUAAUGUAAAAUUAAACAAUGUACAUUUAUAUGAGUUUGGUAGAGGGUGCCAUUGUUUAGAUACAUCAUAGUGUGUGAAUGCACUUAUACCAUUUUAACGAUACAUUUUUGACCAAGUCUACAAAUACAUAGUAUAGGUGGGGACAAAAUAACAGAACAUUUUUCAGUUGAAGUGAAAAAGUUACAAAUGAAUUGGAGUGUUCCAAUUUGUGGAGGCCAUCCCGUAAAUAUGUCAUGAUCAAUAUUAUAUCUCUCAUACUAUAGUGUAUCAGAUACAAUGGUGUGUUGGCAGACCUUAUAUAGCUAUGACAAUAAUGGUUCUAUAUUUUGUACUCCAGAAAGCAAUUUCCAUGACAACAAACAUUCCAAUAACAAACAAAACAAACAACAUUAAUUGUGGAAGUAAACUAAUUGAAUGACUUCAUGUCAUCUUUAAAGAUUCAAUAAAAGCUAUUUUAUUUUCAAACAAA